AUGGAUUUACAUGAUAACUUCUUUGACUAUAGUAGCGCCAUUUAUGACAUCUUUGAUGAUAGAAAUCUUGGUGAAAUGAGAACCGGGUCACGCCCUAUACCUGUACCUAAUGUGGUACCUGCAGUUGUCCCUGCGAUGGACGUAAUACCUGCGGAGGAUAAUGAUAACAACUCACAGAUGAAUGAUGCAGACCUAUCAGGUGGACGCAUUAACAGGAACGAACUUGGGCCAACUGACCCUCUGGUUGACAAUAACAAUGCUAGAAUGGCUGGGAUGGAGUUGAUGAUGACCAAUCUGGUUGGAGUGGUUCAGAAUCUGCAGCAACAUGUGUUGCCUCCACGACCUCCACCUUCUGCAGGAAUGGGACCUCCUUCUCCUCCUCCUCCUCCUCCUCCUCCUCCUCCUCCGCCUUAG